GAAUUUUAGAAUGGAGCAGCGUGGAGAUGGAGCAGAUGGGAUCAGUGAAAUGGAACCGGCCCAACAACCGCUUAUAUCUGGACUUCCUGAUGACAUUGCUCUUUUCUGCAUGGCUAGAGUACCCCGGAAGUACCAUACAGUCCUAAAGUGUGUUUCAAAAAGAUGGCUACGCUUAGUAGGCAGUGAAGAGUGGCAUUCCUACCGUCGCAAGCAUAAACUUGACGAGACUUGGAUCUAUGCUUUGUGCCGAGACAAGUUGGAACGCCUUUGCUUGUAUAUGUUGGAUCCAAACACAUCAAGAAGGAGUUGGAAGCUUAUUAAUGAGCUUCCGCCUCGCACCUUGAAGAGAAAAGGCAUGGGAUUUGAAGUGCUAGGAAAGAACGUUUACUUGUUAGGUGGUUGUGGUUGGUGUGAAGAUGCUGUAGAUGAGGUCUACUGCUAUGAUGCUUCCCUGAACACCUGGAAUGAAGCUGCUCCCUUAUCUACUGCUAGGUGCUAUUUUGCCUGUGAAGUAUUAGAUGAGAAAAUAUAUGCAAUUGGUGGAUUAGGUUCUAAUUCGAGUGAUCCACAUUCUUGGGACAUUUAUGAUCCUAGCAUUAAUAAGUGGAUUUUUCACUCGGAUCCAAACAUUGUCCCUGAAAUUGAGGAUUCUGUGGUCAUGGCCGGGAAAAUCUACAUCCGCUGUGGCACUUCUGCUGUAUCUUCUCAUGUCUAUGCUGUUGUUUAUGAACCAUCAAGCGGUACAUGGCAGCAUGCAGAUGCUGAUAUGGUCUCUGGCUGGCGAGGUCCGGCAGUUGUAAUAGACGGAACCCUUUAUGUAUUGGAUCAGAGCUCAGGAACUAGGCUGAUGAUGUGGGACAAGGAGACUAGGGAAUGGAUUCCAGUUGGGAGGCUGUCAUCCUUGCUUACCAGACCGCCCUGUCAACUCGUAGCUAUUGGGAAGAGUAUUUAUGUUGUUGGUAAGGGGCUUAGCACAGUCAUGUUUGAUGUUGAAAAUGCAGGAAAUAUGGAAGGGGUAAUUGUGAGUUCUUCAAUACCUAAAUUGGAUUCUGAUGAUGAUGUAAUCAGCUGUAAAUGUUUGUCCAUUUGAAUUUUUGUUAUUCAUGGAGUAUUAAAACUACAACUGUAUUAACUCUGGAUGUAUAUUGCAUGGAUCAGUUGGAUGUAUUUGGAAAAUUGAUAAGAUUUGAAAAUUGUCAAGUGAAUCCAGAUAAAACUUAUAAGUUGCAAUACUAUA